AUGAAGCUUCUUCUGUUAGCCGUUUGUGUCAUCGGUAAGUGGCCUAGAUUCUCUGAUGUUUAUCUUCUGUUUCCAGCAGUCGCCAAUGCCGUGGAAGUGGUACCAAGAGCCAGUGCACUGCGAACAAAGGGAGAUGUUAGAAGGUAUUGUAAACGAUGGAAUAAAGUAUUGCACACAGUGAUUGCAGAGCGCCACUGCCUUCCAUUUCCUCCUUCGCUCCCCUCGCCAAAUCCCUCCGCCCUGCUUCCACCGGCAUCCGUCGUGCUCCAGAAACUGUUCGGGUCUCAGUCCGCAAGGCUUACCGUCCUGCCAAUCCAGCUCCUCGUGCUCCAAUGACCCUGCCAGUUCUGCCGAAUCUUCUCCAGCCCCUUCCACUUCCUCAAUUCAUUCCUAUUCCGGUUCCAGUGAUUUCUCCUCAGGAUCUUCCAACCCUCGGAACUCUUCCGACCCUCGCCCCACACACUUUCCCCACUUUCACUCCGAUCCCAGGAUUGCCAACGAUGCCUGGACUGACGAUGCCUCCGAGCUUCCAACGUCUUCUCGGAAUCACCACGACAACAAUGAAACCAGCUGAGAAGUCGACCGAAAACAGAGAGGAAACUGAAUCGGAAUCAGAAUCAGAAUCAGGAGCCAGAGCUCACAGGUAAUCGUAACUUGAAAGGAUGUUCUAUAUUCCUUUCCGUUCAGCGCUCCGACAUUCACCAAAGACCUGAAUACUAUCCGUUCGCGACUUUCGAAAUUCGUGAGAGGAAGUGAAAAGAAGGCAUCAAAGGCCGAGGAUAGCGCCGACUGGAUCGUUCCGUUCCAUUGAUUUCCGAACACGGAACUUCAGCCUAAUAACAGUCUAAUAAGUUAAUAAUUCAACCCCACGUGACAUUUGAAUUAGGAUCAGCGAAACAAUCUCAAUGUAAUAAAAAGUUGGUUUUAUUCUUACUGGUCAAACUUUGCAUCAGUCAAUUCGGCACAUUGUAAGUUAGCUUCGGCAAAAAAUCAAGCCACCUAGGGGACUCGAACCCCUGACCUUAAGAUUAAAAGUCUCACGCUCUACCAACUGAGCUAAGGAGGCCCACGACCGCACUGGUCUCAACGGCGUAGAGGCUCCCGGCAUAUACUGGAACACGAGGUUGAGACGGCUAGAGAAAAGCAUUUGCAGAUGACGACCAACAACAAUAGUUUCCAUGUGAAAGGCAAGGAGGACAUAUCAUUCGAGCGAAAAAAUGUGGUUGUGGCAUGUGACGUGGCCAAUGGAAAGGUUUUGAUAAAUCAGAAUUGAAAAUGAGUAGAAUGUGUGACGUCAGAUCACGUACGUGGACGUGAGCAGUCAGUUGAUGGGUGUGCUCUUCGCCGGAGAUGAAAUUCUGAAUGUGAACGGAGAAGGAGUAAGAAAAGGGGGUGACUUCAGAAGAGGAACGAAGGCUUUCAGAAUAUCAAGACGACCGCCGACUUCAUCCGUGCCAUCUCUUCGAAAUGUCCGGGCAAAGUGAGCAUCGAAUUCAUGCGGGACGACCAUUGUCUCGUCGAAGAGAAGGUGCUUCCGCCACGUCGUCCAAACACUCAAAUGUUCGAAUUGUCGCUCACCUAUCGUGGUGGAGCUGCCACUGGAAUAAUCAUUCAUCGGGUGGGGACGAAUGACACUACAGAAGAGAGAAAGUGAAGGGUUUCAGAUGACGAGUGACCCGAAGACGAUCACCAUUUCGAUGGUUCAAUCUGCUUCGAACGCAUGCCGUCAUGUGAAGGACGGAGACGUUCUUGUGAAAGUCAACGACAUCUACGUGCUCGACAGAGACGCUGCUCGCAAGGUGACCCUCUCCCUCUGCCUCUCAAUCAUCGCUGACUUUGCAGCUUCUCUACGCAAGUGUGAACAAUACGAAGGCGGUCCGCCUGACUCUGGAAAGAUCCACGACAACGGACCCUCUUGGGCCGGCUCCCCCGCCUCCCGAGGGCGCUGCGACUACUGCUCUUCCGACUGGAAUCAAGAAGCCGACGGGUGGCUCCUUGAUGCUCCCGCCGCCGAAACCGCCAACCGGCAAAGCGAACAAGCAGUUCGAUGUGGUCAGUUUGAACCCGCUUAUCAUCCAUUCCCACUUGUUUUCGUUUGCAGCUGUUGCCUCAGGACGUGUUGGAGAUCAUGAAGAACAACAAAGACUUCUACAAAAAGAUGUGCAAGAACGGACCGUGCAUCGUCAAAACCACGGCCCAAUCGAUGGAAGCGGCGACUCCCCCGGCUGCCCCCGUUCCGACCUCCCUUCCGACGGAUCCUGCUCCUGAAGUUCGCAUCCCGUACAAUCCCUCGCCGAAGCCCCUGAAAGCCACUCCGAAACGUGUCGGAUCCUAA